UCUACCGACCAAUGAAAUUCAGAGCUGUACAAAGAGAUCUACUCCCUCUCAUCGAGUAGCGUCAGCGUCGUAGCCCUUGCAAUGUCUGCACAGGAGAGGAGGAAUGCAUGUGCAGAAACAAAGCAUGACGGUCUCCGUGGAGUCAUUUACAUUGGAUUAUAAACAUUUCACACUUCACACAUCAGUUCAGAAAUUGAGAUUGGCGUGAGAAGAUAUGGAACGAGCAAUACGGAGGAACAAAUUGCCUGCAUGGCAGGUGUUUUUGUGGUGGCAUCAUUUCUUUCUCUUGUGGACUACAAUAGACGGACAGACUCGCUACAGUCUCCCGGAGGAACUGAAACAGGGCUCAGUGGUUGGAAAUCUAGCCAGAGAUAUGGGGUUGGUUGUAUCUGAACUGUACCGACGUAAAUUGCGGAUCACCUCCGAAGCUGGUAAGCAGUAUUUUAGUGUGGACUUGGGGAAGGGAGAACUAGUGGUGAUUAAUAGGAUAGACAGGGAAGAUCUGUGUGGACAAAGACCGUCAUGUCUGUUGCCUCUGGAAAUAGUCAUAGAUAACCCCCUACAGCUGCAUCGGGUCGAAAUUGACAUUCAGGAUACCAACGACAAUUCUCCUAGUUUUCACACUAAAGAGAAAGUAUUGCAAAUCGCAGAACUGGUAAAUCCGGGCGCGCGGUUUCCUUUAGAAAGUGCACAGGAUCCCGAUGUGGGCUCUAAUUCUGUACGGUCUUAUCUUAUAAGCAAAAAUGAUCAUUUCAAAUUGACUGUUAAAACCCACAAGGAUGGAAGGAAAAUCCCCGAACUGGUGCUUGAAAAGCCUCUUGAUCGAGAAACCCAGCCGGUACACAAUCUUAUCCUCACAGCUGUAGAUGGUGGAGAUCCGGUGCGCUCGGGCACAUGUGAAAUUAUAGUUAUAGUUCUUGACAACAAUGAUAAUGCACCGCAAUUUGAAAGGCUGGUAUAUGAAGCUAAUAUCAGUGAAAAUGCCAGACCUGGGAGUGAAAUAUUGCACGUUAAAGCAGCAGAUGCAGACGACGGACUAAAUGGAGAAAUCGAAUACUACUUUGCAGAGCAAACUGCGGAUCUGAUUUUAUCACUAUUUGAGAUUGAACCUUCUACUGGAGCUAUUAUUGUCAAAGGAAUUUUAGACCAUGAAAUUAACCCUGUACAUAGAUUUGACAUAACUGCUAGAGACAAAGGAAACCCCAAAAUGGAUGGUCACUGUGGCGUAGAAAUUAAAAUCGCGGACAUUAACGACAACAUUCCAGAAAUAAUUGUGACGUCUUUAACAACACCUGUUCCAGAAGACUCCGCAAUUGGAACAGUUAUUGCACUGUUGAGUGCAAGAGAUCCAGAUUCGGGGGACAACGGUAAGAUUACAUUAAGCGUGUCUUCCAAAUCCCUCUUCAAGUUAAACCCUUCAGUCUCUAAUCACUACUCAUUAGUGACGACAGGGCCGCUCGACCGUGAAGAAAAUGGCCAAUAUAGUGUAAAGAUACGUGCAACUGAUUCUGGAAAGCCCCCAUUGUCGAGUGAUAAAAUAAUACUUGUUGAAUUGUUGGAUGUAAAUGACAACCGCCCCGUUUUCUCACAACACUCGUAUGUAGUUUAUGUAAAAGAGAAUCAUGCUCCUGGAAAAGUGUUGUGCUCAGUGUCAGCAGCUGAUACUGAUUUGGGUGAAAACUCAAAGAUCUCCUACUCUAUAUUAGACUCUAAAGUGCAAGGCGUUUCAGUCUCAUCGUAUGUUUACAUCAAUUCAGAUAACGGCAGCAUCUACAGCAUGCACUCGUUUGACUAUGAGAAACUGAAGGUGCUCCAGAUUCAGGUUCAGGCAAAGGAUCAGGGCUCUCCGUCUCUCAGCAGCAACGCCACCGUCCAUGUUUUUAUCCUGGACCAGAACGACAACGCCCCCGCGGUUAUUUACCCCUCCUCCGCUGCCCUGGGCUCCCUCUCUCAUCAGAGGAUGCCCCGCUCCGCUAAAGCGGGUCACCUGGUUACCAAGGUGACGGCCGUGGACGCUGACUCGGGCCACAACGCCUGGAUCUCCUACAAACUGGCGGAAGCCACAGACGCCUCUCUGUUCGCUGUCAAUAUGUACACAGGGGAGGUGAGGACCAAACGCGCCGUGUCCGAGCAGGACGACUCCUCUCAGAGGCUGCUUAUAGAGAUCAAGGACGACGGAGAACCGGUCCAGUCCGCCACCGCUACGGUGUCCAUCCUGCUGGAGGACGGCCUACAUGAGCCCAUAUUAGACCUCCGACAUAAACUGCACGAGCCCAGCAAGAAAACUGGGAGAAUAACUCUUUAUUUGAUUCUCUCUCUGGCCUCGGUGUCCGUGCUGUCUCUGCUGACUUUUCUCAUCUUAGCGGUUAAAUGCGUGAGGAACAGCAGAAGCAGCGGUAGUUGCUGCAUGGGAAGGACUGACUGUGAUGAUUACAAGAACCCCAACAGAAACCUGCAGAUUCAGCUCAACACUGAUGGACCUAUAAAGUACGUGGAGGUCCUGGGAGGAGACAUGUUGUCUCAGAGUCAGUCCUUCAGGUCCUGCAUGUCUCCAAUGUCUCCAAUGUCAGAGUACAGUGAUUUCACUAUGAUCAAACCCAGUAGCACCACUGACUUUAACGAGGUGAUCAGUGUUCUGGAUGCGUCUCUACCCGACAGUACCUGGACCUUUGAGAGCCAGCAGGUGAGCAAAACAAAUUAAUUGAUUCAAAAUUUAUUUUCACUGAGUUGCUAAAUAGAAUAUGUAUAUAGUUUCUCCAUUGGUAAAUUAGUGUUAUGUCUGCUUUAAAUAGUUAAAAGGUCAUAGAGGAGUGCCUGCAGAAACUGUUAAUAAAUAUGUUUGAGACAUUGUAAUUUUUGUCACACAAUUAUGAAUAGUCCAGCACCAUGAAGGGGGACAGCGAAUGGUAGUUGAAUACAACACAGAAUAUGUGUGCGAAUUUUUUGUGAUUGGUUGAAUUAAGCACUCUGGACCUGUGGAGAAUAAAUGUGUUAACAACUGA